UUUCAUCCACUAGAAUGUUUGGCUUUCAUUGAAUUUUAGUCUCCUUAGUAAAUAAAAUUUUGGCUUGUUCCUUUGAACAACGUUCAAAUUGGGUAGCCACCGUCGUCCCCGAGCUGAAACUUGCAGUUUUCAUCGCCAAAGGCUCGAGCUUUGCCGCUCUUCUGUGAUGGGUUCCCGGAAAUUUUGAAGCCCGAUAAAGUUUCCGGUGUGGGUUCUUGAUUUUCCGGGCUGGUGUGAGCUUUUUAAGGAACACUUCGAGGAGUCCGAGGAUGAUGUCUGCUGCCUACCAUAAUCUUGAGUUUGGGAGGACGAGGUUGAACUCUCCGGCUUGCGGCUGUUCCUCCAAUUCCUCCAUUGAUAAGCACUCUGCCAAGAAAUUUCUGCUCAGAAACGUUAACAAUGGAGGGGGAGGAGGGUUCAGAGCUCGGAAACUGCUGUGUUGCCGGCGUGAAAUUGGGCGGUGUAAUGUGUUCUCCACUAAGGCUCCUGAGAGUUUCCUCAAUGGAGUCACACCUGAUUCAUCUCCAAUGUUGGAUUUGAAGAAAGACAGUGGAAGCCCUAUUUCAGUGGCAAAUUUGUUUGAAGUGGUGACUGAUGAUCUCCUGACACUGAACAAGAAUUUGCAAUCUAUUGUCGGUGCGGAGAACCCUGUUUUAAUGUCUGCUGCAGAGCAGAUAUUCAGUGCUGGUGGCAAGAGGAUGAGGCCCGCUUUAGUUUUCCUUGUUUCCCGAGCGACAGCAGAAACUGCGGGUCUAAAGGAACUCACCAAGGAACACAGGCGGCUGGCUGAAAUCAUUGAAAUGAUCCACACUGCGAGCCUGAUACACGAUGAUGUGUUGGAUGAAAGCGACAUGCGGAGAGGAAAGGAAACCGUUCAUCAGAUAUAUGGCACGAGGGUAGCGGUGCUUGCUGGUGAUUUUAUGUUUGCACAAUCGUCGUGGUACCUAGCUAACCUCGAAAACAUUGAAGUCAUAAAGCUCAUAAGUCAGGUCAUCAAAGACUUUGCGAGCGGUGAAAUAAAGCAGGCGUCGAGUUUAUUCGACUGUGAUGUGAGAUUGGAGGAUUACUUAAUCAAGAGUUACUACAAAACGGCCUCGUUGAUUGCUGCAAGCACCAAGGGAGCCGCCAUAUUCAGCGGGGUCGACAGCGAGAUCAGCGAGCAGAUGUAUCAAUACGGGAGGAACCUCGGUCUAUCGUUCCAGAUCGUGGACGACAUACUCGACUUCACUCAAUCAGCAGAGCAGCUCGGGAAACCGGCCGGGAGCGACCUGGCCAAGGGCAACCUGACAGCGCCGGUGAUAUUUGCGCUAGAAAACGAGCCAAAACUGCGGGACAUGAUCGAAUCUGAAUUCUGCGAGGCGGGUGCUCUCGAGGAAGCCAUUGGCGUGGUGAAGAGCUGCGGGGGCAUCGCGAGAGCUCAGGAGCUGGCGAGAGAGAAAGCGGGUAUCGCGAUUCGGAACCUCGAAUGCUUGCCUCCGAGCCCUUUCCGCGUCGCUCUUGAGGAAAUGGUGCUGUAUAAUCUCGAAAGAGUUAAGUAGAAGAAGAAGAAUAACACACAAUUUGGAUCAAAGCACAGCUCAAAUCUACACUGUUCUUGUAAAACAUUUAGUUUUACCUAAGGGGGAAGAGCUGUUUAAGUCUGUUCCUCUUGCAUAUAGUAGUGCUAUUGAUUUUCAGUGUUUGUAUACUCAUAAAAGCCCAGAAGCAAUGACUUUUGGUCCCUGUAUACUUUAACAAAUACAUCAAUUUUUUAUUUUUCUUUUUAUAAUCUUCAUUGCUGUACAUUGAAGGUACUCCUAGUCAAUGAUAGUAUAUA